UGAUUUGCUAUCAGUGAAGUUUUCGGGAUCUGGUGGCCUACAUUAUUUGUCUUUUAGUGUUUGCAUUACUGACCAGUCACAUGCUACACGAGAUAUGUUCUUCGUCUUUGAAAUGAAGUCUUGGUUCGUGAUGGUCCUGAGUCGACACCGCCCAGCAGGCGACCUAGCAACAAUGCUUGAUUGGCCAUGAACCAGCCAGAAAACCAGAUAUUUUCCGGUAUUCAUUGGAAGAUAUGUGACAAGGAUUUCAGUAGAUGACCACUUCCCCUCCAAGUGACGCUAUGGCGAUGACAGUAUCUGAAAACAGCUUUACUGGGUCAUUAGAUGGAUCUGAUGGCAAUCAGUCAGGAGGAAGUGAGUCAUAUGCAAUGUAUUUGACUGUUGGAGAUGCAGGCUAUGGGGUAUCCACCACAGUGUAUGGAAGUAUUGACCCCGGGGAAGACGCAGACACAGAGGACGAAGGACAAAUCUGUAACACUAGUCUGAAUAAAGAACAAAAUGAGACAACUGAUGUGGAAGCUAGUAUAAACACCUCUCAUACCAAAGAAACUUGUAAAAAGCCAUCAGAAGGUGAUAUAUUGUGUGUACCAGAUACCCUGGAGGCCAGAAAGUAUCCUAAUAAUAUACAGUGCAGUGCCACAGGAGUUGAUGGGAAAAGCACAUCAAACCUCCAUGAUUCUGGUGAUAACACCAGCGACACUGAAAACUACAGCAUUAACUCAGACGAUAAUCAACAAACCAACAACACUGACUUAGUGGAUGAUUAUGAAGGACAUUCUGUUGAUAAUGAACAUGUAAACCAUGAUAAUAGUAAUACAGCUUUGAGUGUAAGUGUGAAAACUGAACCUGAAUCACCUGUUGAUUCUGAUUCCUCCACAGGACAUCAGGCAGUAAAUCAUAUAGCCCCUGGAUCUGGUCAAGAUGCUAACACCAACUUUUCACCAUCAAAAGCAUUUUCACUUCGAUUGAAUCUCUUUCAAAACAAGCCAGCUCCUGAAAGGGAGAAAUUUGACUUUGAGACACUUGACAAUGUUAUUGCUGCUGCUGUUAGUAAGACAUACAACAAGGAGACUAAUUUGAAUGCUAGUGGGACUAUUCCAAGUAAAAACAAAGGUAAACUCCAGGAAGCUUUCCCUAAAAAGGUGAUAAAAUCUGCUGAAGAGGCAAGGUCUGGGGUAGUUGUUGUGGACGAGCCGAUAUACAUAGAAGGCAAGCUAUUUCAUGGCUGUAGUGUUUGUCACAAGAUGUUUAAAACACCUAAGGAGUUACGUGUCCAUUCUCGUAUUCACACUAAAGAAAAACCAUAUUCUUGUUAUGUUUGUGGCAAGUCAUUCCGGCAACAGGCACAUUUAAACAGUCAUUAUAAAAUACACAGUGGAGAAAAACCAUACUCAUGUAAUCUUUGUUCCUUGUCAUUUACUGAGAACUCUAGUCUUAAACGACACAUUCGUAUCCAUUUAGGGAUCAAACCUUACAAAUGUGACCUGUGUGAUGAUGCCUUUGUUACAUCUUACUUGUUAAAGACACAUAAGACAAGACGGCAUGAGGAGAAACAAAAUCGUACUAGAUUUGUUUGUGAUCUAUGUCCAAAAAUUUACACCAGUAAGGAAACCUUCAACAAACAUAUGAGGAGUCAUAAUCCAGAUACUAGGAUCUCUUGUUCAUACUGUGGACAAGUUUGUUUGACAACCUCACAUCUUAAACGCCAUAUAAAUGUACACACAAGGACAGAUCUGUGUAACCUACAAACUAAAGAUAAACCCUAUGAAUGUGGAAUUUGUCAGAAGAAAUAUUUCAAUAAGAAACACUUAGAGUUACAUGUUGUGCGCCAUACUCAGACAGAGAAUUUCUCAUGCGAUACAUGUGACAAAAGUUUUGAUACUCGUUACAAAUGGAAAAGACAUGUACGACGUUCUCACUUUGAGAAAAACGGCGAGACAACGUGUGAACCAAACCUUUAUAAUUGUCUACUGUGUAAUAAGGUGUUCAGGACUAAUGAUAGUCUAGAAUCUCAUAUCAAACGAACACAUGAAAAACCUAUGAUCUAUAAUUGUGAUCUAUGUGAACGGACAUUCUUGAGGAGAGAUGCAAUGCUUAAUCAUAAGGAGAGUCACUUAGGGCAGACCUUUCAGUGUUCCCUCUGUGACAGAAAUUACUCCACUUCCAUGACUCUUAAAUCACAUAUGCGUAAGAAACAUGGUAAAAAGGAUGACAGGAGAUCUACAGGAAAGAUUCUCUCAGAGAUAAUAUGUGAGUUUUGUCACAGAGCAUUUUGUAAUAAAGCAUCGCUUAAAGAGCAUGUUAGAACACGACAUUCAGACAACAUUCAGCUGUUUACAUGUUCACUUUGCCAAAUGAAAUUUACAAGGAGAAACUCGCUUCAAAGACACAUGAAAAAGUCAUGUCGCAUGUUGAAUCCAGAUCACCAAAACCUGGACAUAAUAAACGAAUUUAGUGACGACGACACCAGUCCAGAUAUAGAUCAGGGUAUGGAUGAAGACAUGGAUUCCGAAGUCCAAGGUGCUGACAUGGAUACUAGUCUCAAUACACCAGGUGCUGACAAGUCAGAUGACGAGUGCAGUGACACAGACAUUGAUCCUGACUAUGUACAAAAGGACGAUUUAGAUACAACUUGUCAUCAGACCAAUUCAAGCACAUUUAUCUUGAAACAGACUCCUGACAAUGGCCAUCACCAUGAUGAAUCAGUAUUAAGCAGACAGGAAAAUAAGAUGGAAGAUGAGCCUGUUUCUAACUUUACCCAACAAUCAAGUCACCAGGAUUCCAGCAAGGGUAUAACAGGUGACUGUUUGGUAGACAGUUCAGACACCUGUCCCAGUCCAGAAAAAUACCCUGAUGCCCCUCCAGACAGUUCAGACACUUGUCCCAGUCCAGAAAAAUACCCCAAUGUUCCUCCAUACAGUUCAGACACUUGUCCCAGUCCAGAAAAACACCCAAAUGCCCUAAUUUCACCAGGGGCAAGCUUUACUUAAUGAUGGAAUAUUAGAAUUUUCACCCCCUUAGAGAAUACAUGAUGGUGAGGAGAAGAGGAGGGUUCAAUCCAACAGGUGAAAUUAUUAUCAUAAUCUAUUGUUAUCCACAAGGGGACGAAUGAUUAUUUUUCUCAUAUCCUGCUGGUUUUAGUGUAUUUGUAUUUAUGCAUUGUUGUCAUCUCGGUGUUUGGCUGUGUUGACAUAAUGCAAUUGUCAGGAAAGGGGAAUCCCCCCAUCUUAACCCUACAGCUAGCUAAUUAGGGUAAGACAAGGAAAUCUCGCACAGGUAAAGCAAAGGUACACCUCAGGAAGGGUAAGAGAAAAAUGACUGUACACAGUCACUGUAACAAUAGAUCAACAUAGCCAUGUUGAAUGAAGUUGUUAACUGUGUUACAACACAUGUAUGUGAUAAUUACACUAUUAGCUAUACCACUUGUAUUUACAGUAUCUUAUACCAAAUUCACACUUGAACAUUAUGGCUUUAAUUUCUCAUACAUUGUAUAUAUAAUUUAGCCAUGAUUUAGUAUUUUUAACUGUAAGAUAUAUAGGAGUAAUAAUAUUGAUGGUGAACAGUGAAAUCAAUUUGGUUUCGUCGCACCAAAAUUUUAUUUCAGUAAUAAAAUUUAUUGAUAAAUGUGUUACAUAUUUAAGUUGAUGUCAAGUAAGUUGACAUUGAGUUGUAUUCCUUACACUUAAUUGAUGGUAAUAGUGUAAAUUAUUUAUUAUUACUUAUAUUCAGUGGAAUUCAUUCCUUUAGUUUCAACAUCACUCAAGCAUGGAAGUAUUGUGAUAUUUACAAUGUGAUAAAGCAUGGUGUGGUGUACAUUUUGUUCAAGGUGUUUAACACAGAGCUUGUCAUGACAACUGUAUCCUAGGAAACUGUUACCAAGUUACCAUGAAAUAGUUACCCUUCACCAAUAAAAUCUUUGUUCUUCUACAGUACAUUUUGUCAGGCACAGAAAAAUAUUGAAUUGAUCUGACAUGAAUAGGUUGAAUAAGUUAAACUGGUGUGAAUGUUUUCCUGGUUUACAAAAUUAAAUAUUGUUUUUUAUUUACUUUUUGGUAUUUGUCUGGAACUACAGCCAACAUGUAAGGCAUCAUAUACAGAAAGUGAAUGACCAGUUGACUACUUUUUUUUAUAAAAGCAAAGAAUAGCUAUUUUAUGUCAGUAAGUCUACAUGUAUAUGUUUUUUAAGCAUUUAUUCAUUAUUUUUAUCUGAAGACCUGUCUGUAUGGGCUUAUUUUGUACAUCAUUAUUUAUAUAUAGGUCUGUUUCAGCCUGUUCAAAUAAAUGGUGGUUAAACCAUACCAUACAAACCAUACUACAUUUGUACAUUUAUCCUUAAAUCAUAGUGUAAUGUUUUGUCCACAUUGUUGUGGAGGGAACCUGUUUUGACAGCUAAUCUGUAACAAUUAGUGCUAAAUAUCAGGCCAUUACAUACAAAACCUUUGUAAAUAUAGGUAGCUUAAAGGAAUGUUUCUCUAAAAACAUAGUGGUGAGCAAUUUAAAUUACUGAUAUCUCCAUAAUUGAUGGAUCAAACUGAUUACAUAAUAUACCAAUCUCUUGUUUAUAUACAGAAAAUUCUUAAUUCCUUACAAUUCUGGGAACAAUAACUUGGCUGCUCCUUAGUCCUAGACUCUGCAACUACAUGGUAAAUAUUAAGUAUAUUUUAUAUUUACUGAGGUAUGCAUGUAAAUAUAUUGUCCUAGAUAUAUUUUAACUCUACAUGAUUUUUAGUGAACAUAUAAGCAAGAACAAUUAUUUUUAGAUGGAGUAUGACACCUUCUGUUUCCUCCUGUUGUAUAUUAAGCUCUGUGUGUUGAUCAUGUUUUCAGAAAGUUUCUGUUAAGUCAGGGACGUAUUUCUGUAUUAUACAUCCCUGGUUACGUGUAAUGUAUUUACAGAUUUCCUUUCUUUCUUGCAAAUAAACACAGAGGGAACUGAUCCUGGAUUAUUUCACUUGCAAAGUCUCAAGGAGGAAUUACCGAUUUGUACAUGUAUUGAUAACUUGUUUGUCAUGAAAGUAAUAAAGAAGUUAAUGUGAAGUGGUGGUGAGGUCAAUAUUUCAUAAUAUAUGUGCCAGAGACCUACAGUAUGUAGAUUAAUUACGUCCUUUUCAUUAAGUUAUCAGAAUACAAUGCAGGUAUUUAAUGAUUAACCUUAUGUUUAACUGUCCGGUGUGGAUAUCAUAAACGUGAAACAAUAUUUAGUAUAGAAGCCCACAAUAAGUAAGAAAUUUAUGUGCGAUAUUUUGAUGACUACAUUGUCACCUUCAUCAGACGAAUGACAUUGAUGCAUACUGGAAAAUGCAUUGUUUGGUAUUUAUUGUAUGAGAAGAAUACGGUGAAAGGACAGGUAGAAAAUAGGGAAACCGAAAAAAAGCAGGAAAUAUACCAGAUUCAGCAUAUACAAUCAGUCUCGGAUCAAUAACAAGAAGGCAGGAAAUUUACCAGAUGUAAGCGUAAACAAUGAGAGUAUCGGAUCAAUAAAUCUGCACUUAUGGAUCAAGAUGUACGGCAAAACAUAUCAUGUGACAAUUCCUAGGAAGUGAUUUGAGAGAAUAAGUUUUUCAAGUGGCAAUCAAUGAAGUCAGCUGAUUACGAUGACCGCAUCUGUUCUAAACAGUGAUGAGGGGAUCUAUAAACCCUAGAACAUUUGAAACGAAAUGUUAAAAAAAGAUAGUAAAAUCAAUUUUAAUGGGAUGAAGACGACAGUGAUGUAGUCAUCAAAAUGUCUCUCUAUAUUCUUCCAUGUUGUGAUCUUCUACUCAAAGACUUACAAACUUGAAGAAAAUGUCUGCUUGUUUCUGCUGAAAUUCCAAAGAGUAUGCCAAGUAGUGAAUGUCUGCUUAUCUAGCAAGUUCAUGGCUCACCUGUAAGAAAUUUCCGAAAUGUACACGCUAUAUACAUUGAGUAAAGGGACCUUUUUUGUACAGCGUUGAUGUAUGAUUAAGUCAAGGGAGACAACUUCAACAUAGUCUGGAGUAAAAAUGGUAGGAAGCUUUGGGAAGAUCUGUAUGCAAGUUAAUUGAUAAUACACCUUGUUUAAGGACUUGUAGGAAGGCUAUUGUAAUGUGUACAUAUUAGAAUGUGGUUACUGUGGCCAUAUUGCUUUUAUAGAAUUUAAAGUACAGAGUGUCACAUUUGUAUUUCUAAAUAAAAACAGAUUUUUUCUGUAAAGUAUCA